AUGGGAGGCCACCAUGAAGACGGCAAAUCUCCAGUCAAUGUUCCCAAAAGCUCCAGCACCUGCUCCCGGAGUAUCUUCUGCAACAUCAAGGUGUUUGUGCUGUGCCACGGGCUUCUCCAGCUCUCCCAGCUCCUCUACAGCGCCAACUUCAAGAGCAGCCUCACCACCAUUGAGAAGCGCUUUGGACUCUCCAGUCUCUCUUCAGGUUUCAUCUCCAGCUUGCACGAGAUCGGCAAUGUGGUCCUCAUCAUCUUCGUCAGUUACUUCGGCAGCCGAGUUCACCGCCCGCGGGUGAUCGGCGUGGGGGGGCUGCUGCUGGCGCUGGGAGCGUUCCUGGUGACCCUGCCCCACUUCCUAUCAGACCCCUACGAAUACACCACGCUGAGCGCUGGUAACAAAAGCCAGGUCCAGGUUGAACUCUGCUACGCAGAGAAUAAGUUUGUGUGCCCCAAUGCCACCCAGGAUCCCCAGAAGGAGGCCAGCAGCAUAUGGGCAAUGAUGGUCAUCGCCCAGCUGCUGGCCGGAAUCGGGACGGUUCCCAUCCAGCCCUUUGGGAUAUCCUACGUAGACGACUUUGCAGAAGCAAACAAUUCCCCACUGUAUGUUGCCAUCCUCUUUGCCAUUGCUGUGUUCGGCCCUGCUUUUGGAUACUUGCUGGGAUCCAUGGUGCUGCGGCUCUUUGUGGAUAUUGGAAGAGUUGACAUUGUGGCCCUGACACCGAGGGACCAGCGGUGGAUUGGAGCCUGGUGGCUGGGCCUGCUGAUCUCCUCGGGCUGCUUGGUGCUCACAUCCAUUCCUUAUUUCUUUUUCCCUCGGUACAUGCUGAAAGGAGAGGACCCAAAUGCAGAGGCUGGCAUGCUCAGGAAGAUGGAGAAGGGGGCGGCUGAAGAAACCUCCCUGCUGGAGUUUACAAAAAGGACCUUAAAGAUCAUCCAGCUGCUCCUCAACCCCCUCUUCAUCCUCCUGGUGCUGGCUCAGUGCAGCUUCUCCUCCGUCAUUGCGGGUCUGGCCACCUUCCUCAACAAGUUCCUGGAGAAGCAGUACGGUGCCUCCCCCUCCUACGCCAACUUUCUCAUCGGAGCUGUGAACCUGCCAGCAGCAGCGCUCGGCAUGCUUUUAGGAGGAAUCAUCAUGAAACGCUUUACCUUCUCCCUUCGGGCCAUCCCCCGGUUUGCUGUGGUGGUGCUCGUUAUCUCCAUCCUCAUCUGCCUGCCUAUUUUCUUCAUUGGCUGCUCCACAGGACGCAUCAAUGGCAUCUACCCUCCCAGUACAUUGAGUUCCCAGCAGCAGGUUAAGACGCCGAGUGGGUGCCACUGCUCUGAGCGCAUCUUUCACCCAGUGUGCGGAGAAAACAACGUCGAGUACAUCUCCCCCUGCUUUGCUGGCUGCACAAACAGCACCACUAAUGCGCCCACUCCCAAACAAAUGAUCUACAGGAACUGUUCCCUGAUCCCUGCUGGGAAUGGGCUGUCCUCCGCCAAGACAGGCUCCUGUCCGCUCAGCUGCUCCCACAUGCUCCUUCCUGCCAUAUUCCUCAUCUCCUUCGCUGCCCUGGUAGCCUGCCUGUCCCACAACCCUCUCUACAUGAUGGUUUUACGGGUGGUGAACCAGGAUGAGAAGUCAUUUGCUAUCGGAGUCCAGUUCUUACUCAUGAGGCUGCUGGGNNNNUUGCCUCCCCCAGCCAUGUUUGGUGCCCUCAUCGACUCCUCCUGCAUCUACUGGCAGAAGCAGUGUUCCCAGCGCGGGUUCUGCGCUUACUACAACAACGACUUCCUCCGCAACAGGUACCUGGGGCUGCAGGUGGGCUACAAGGUGGUGGGCACCGUCCUCCUGGCCAUCAUCAGCUGGAAGGUGAAGAGGAGCAAGGAGUACAACGUGCAGGAGAAGGCGACGGGGCUGGUGUAG